UUGUUGGCAUCUCUCUUGGGCAUCAACCCCGGAGUCAAAUAUAAAAUCACGUGCACUCGAUCAGAAACAUGAUAAGAGACUAGUAAUUCUAAUCAUUGAUGGUUUACUGUAUAAUAGAUGAAUAUCGGAACAGCUUUCAACGCUGGAACGUUGACUCCUUUGACAGCUAUCACUCAGAUUGCUAAGAUGUCGGCUUACGCAGCCAGUGUUUCGGAACGGAAGAGCGGGAAGAACAAGAAAUCGCGGCACACAAACGUUUGCAGGAGCAAAAACAUCAACGGAGUUCUAGCGUCAGAAAUUCCUUCCGUGACAGGUUUCCGUUUGCGUAACAGGUUAUGGAGGUUAAUUUUGUCGGUUUUUGAAGCUUAUUUGACGAUCGCGUUUGCAGUGUUAGUGUCUAUUUAUGUACUCGGAAGAAGAUUGGUUACUUCGAAAACGGCUAAAAGAAGAAGACGGAAUCCUUAUACUCGUACUGAAGGAAAAUCGAAAUCUGGAUCGUGCAAUGACCUCAGCUUGGACUCUUCAUCCACUCCGGACGACGAGUUGGACAAAAUCAGGCCUCCGAAAUGUUUGGAAGAUCCUGCUUUCGGUAGCCACAAGUUUAUUAAAAUUCAGGGCGUUAAGCUGCACUACGUGGAGGCGGGUGCUGGUAGAGGGCGGCCCACCCUGCUGCUGGUGCAUGGCGUCUGCGACUUCUGGUUCUCCUGGCGGCGCUUGAUACCUGCACUCGCCAAGAGGUUCAGGGUGAUCAGCUUGGACAUGCGUGGAUGUGGAGAUUCUGAGAAGCCUGUGCUGAGGUCGAGCUACUCAACGCGACUCAUAGUGGACGACGUGGCGAGCUUUAUACGCACCCUGGGGGACCCCGGGCACGAUGGGCUCGCUGGAGUUUCCUUCAUUGGUGCGGGGUGGGGAGGUCAGAUAGGCUGGCGGUUGGCGCAGGCCUACCCCGGACUUGUGAGGAAGAUGGUCCUCAUCCACUCCCCUCAUCCCACUGUCUUGGGGAGCUACUACUCCCCGUCUCCGAGGAAUUACUACAAACUUUGGCCAAUAAUGGUGGCCCGGGCUCCGGCAGUAGCAGAGUGGGUGGCGUGCGAGGAGAACCUGGGUCUCGUAUCCAGGCUACUCAAGCCGCUACAUGUCGCCAAGUGCAUCUCGCCUGAGGAGGAGGAAGCUUACUUCUACAACUUCUCCAGGAGCGAGGACCUGACGGGGGCGCUGCACCAUGUUCGUAACUGGGACCUCUGGGGCGGGAGGGACGGUUUUGAUUGCUCAGCGGUUUUGAGCACUCCGACACUUCUGCUUAUGGGCGACUCCGACCCUUACGUUCCUCUAGAAGCUGGCUACAAGUCUGCAGAGUUCGUGGAGCGCAUCAAGACUCGGGUGCUGGUAGGGGCCGGUGCGUGGGCCCCAGUUACACACCACGGGGCCGUGCUUGAGGAACUCGCCGUCUUCUUCAACGAGCCUAGAAUAUUAGACGCUAAUUCCGUCUCCACCGACGACGACGACUGGGACGACAAGCCCGACGAGGAUGAAGAAAUAAACUUUAGCUCCCGCAGCUCCAUAGUCGGUAGGAUGAUGGGAGCUGGUCUCUCUGUGGUGUCCCGAUGGAACGGCGCGAGAAAUCAGGACCAAGUUUGACAUCAGUGGGCGUGUAAGUAAGGAAAAUAUUGUUUUGUAAACACUUGUUUAAUUACAAUCUGAAGCAAGAAUUGCUGAAUUUGAGAUUAGAAAUACAGGGAAGUUGCUCUUCUCAGCGAUGUUUAGGAGAGUUAGAAGAUAUUAAUUUUAGUU